AUGUCGGUUUGCGUGUCAUCGUCCUUGAGUGGUGGGAUGACACAUGCAUCCCAUUUACAUCUUACAUCAACUUUAUCUAUGAUGCAGCAAUCUUUUCAAAGUCACCAUCCAAUGGCUCCAUCGGCAGUUCUAAAUAGUAACCUUGAAAUGUCGCAGACUCAAUCGUCUACACAGCUGCAAACGUCAUCGUCAUCAUCAUCCUCCGACAUUAACGAGCCAAAUCAAGAAAUGCUUUUGGCUUUAAUAGCUAGGAAUAAAACACUCGAAGGUGAGUUCAGAUUGUUCUGA